AUGAAGUUAUCCAUUUGCCUUCUAAUUGCCAUUUUGGGUGUUGUCUAUGGACGUGGAAAGGGUGGUGGUAGAGGAGGUAUUUUUGGAGGAGGUGGAAAUGGUGGUGGAGGGUAUGGUAGCUACGUUCGUGGAGGAUAUGGGAGCUAUGGUGGCGGAAAUAGAAAUGGCAACUAUGGAGGAAGUGGAUAUGAUAAUGGAGGUUAUGGUAGUUACGGUGGUGGAAAAGGAUAUGGUGGUGGAAGAGGAUAUGGUGUAGGCGGUGGUGGUGGUGUAAUCAGCUUUGGCACCUUUGGAGGAAAUGGAAACGGUAAUGGAGGUUAUGGUAGCUACGGCAAAGGAAAUGGAGGAGGAAGUGGAUAUAGUGUAGGCAGUUAUGGAGGUAAAAUCGGCUUUGGAAAUUUUGGAGGAAGUGGAAACGGUAAUGGAGGUUAUGGUAGCUACGGUGGCGAAAAAGGAUAUGGCGGAGGGAUCGGAUAUGGGGUAGGCGGUAAUGGCGGUGGAAUCCGCUUUGGUAACUUUGGUGGAAGGAGGUACGGUAAUGGAGGGUAUGGUAGCUAUGGUGGUGGAAAUGGAGGAGGAAGAGGAUAUGGAUAUGUUGCAGGUGGUAAUGGUGAUGGAAUCAGGUUUGGUUACUCAAGAGGGAGUGGAUAUGGAGAUGGAGGCUAUGGUAACUACGGUGGAGAAAGCGGAAAUGGGGUAGGCGGUAAUGGUGGUGGAAUCAGCUUUGGCACCUUUGGAGGAAGUGGGUACGGUAAUGGAGGUUAUAGUAGCUAUGGUGGCAGCAAUGGAGGAGGAAAUGGAUAUGGAUAUGGUGCAGGCGAUAAUGGUGACGGAAUCGGUGUCGGCAAUUUUGGGGGGAAAGGUUACGACAGACGAAGCGGAAAUGAUGGUGGAAUCGGCUUCGGCAACUUUGAAGGAAGUGGAUAUGGUAAUGGAGGGUAUGGUAGAUAUGGUGGAGGAAAAGGAUAUGGUGGAGGAAACGGAAAUGGUGUAGGCGGUAAUGGUGGUGUAAUCGGCUUUCGAAACUUUGGAGGAAACGGAUUUGGCGCUGGCGGAUACGGUAGCUACGGAGGUGGCGGAGGAAAAGCCUACUGA